GAAACACAAUGAGCAGAACUUGGGCUUGCUAGAAGCAUCUCUUCAUUUGCAAAUUGGAGAUAGGAAGAACUAAGUGGGAAUGCUGCAGCUCUUGACACAUCCAGUUCAUGCUGGAUUUCCCAUGGAAUGGGCAAAUAAUUUAAAAAAGGGGGUUUUUUUUCCCCAAGCUGUCCUUUACCUGUCACAGAACUGAAUUCUUGGUGCUGGCUGAGGACCUGCUGCAUUGAUGGGGGGUUUGUGCUGCCUUUUUCACCAACUGGGCUGUUACCAGACCCAUAUUAUUAUUAAGGAAAAAUUUCCAUGUCUUUUUCUUGCAUACCCAGCUCUUGAUAAUCAUUAGCUGGCAGUGCUAGCUCUCCGUCCCUUAUGGAAGAGAUUCCAACUGUCUUGGUUUAGCUCAAAGCAGCUCCCUGCAACCAAACACAACUCAUUCUCAUCCAAAUCUGAUUUUACCAUUGGAUCUUUUUUAAUUAAAGAAAGCAAAGGCAAUCUGCUUGUGCAGCCUUCCACAGCAGGAGAGUUUGGCCCAGGACAUGAGCUGGUGGGCGCCACAGCAAAACGAAGCCAAAACACAGCACAAAUUAAAAAGCAGAACAGUGUAGUUUCACCCUUGUGUGUCACCUCUGAAUUAGUUUAUGUGUGCAGACAUGGGGUCAGUGGGGCAGAGGAAGGGGUCCAGGUGCAUGGUUCGAUGUUGUGAUAUGUCCAUAAGCGUGUGCUGGUGCAUCCAUGACCUAUAUUUGGAUACACAGGCUAUAAAAAGCCUUGGAACAAACAACCUCCUGCAGGACCCGGAUCCCCUGUCCCUGCUGUUGCUGCCGGCUUCAGGAGAGAGGAGCAAGCCCGCUCCAGCUUUUAUUUCUCCUCUUGGUGUUCUCCAGGAAGAUGGCUAAAGGCAGCAUCUCCCUGCGCUCCCUGAACGAGACGCUGAACAGGGUGGAAAGCAGGCUGCUUUCCCUGGAGGCUCGGUUCGCAGCCCUGGACCGCAGCCUGCAGGGCCUGGAGCUGCGCUUCGACCUGCAGGCGGAGGUGCUGGAGCGGGACCUGCGCCGGGAUGUGCCCUGGGCCCCCGAGGGCAGAGGCCAAGUGGAAAAAUCCUGUGAGGAGCCAGAUGAUCCCCACCGUUUCAAGUCAUACAAGAAGGUGCUGAAGUCUUAAUUCUUCAUUUAUCAUAGGAAAAGAGUAUCUUUGCUUUUUGGUAUCAGCUUAAGCAAGCAAGUGAAUGAGAAAGAAGCUGCUCUGCCCUGAUGAUGUAUUUCACCUUCAGAAUGUGCUGGAAGCAAGUCUGUGCCAAAAGCAGCUUUUGAAGGACAUGGAGGUUCUGAUGUUGUCCUAGUCUUGUUCCUCUAACUCGAGUCAGUAUGUCAAAGAAAUCCAAGGCCCCGCUUUCCUUGUCCGACUGCCUCUGCCAAAUUUGCAUGGAGAUCUUCGUGGAGCCCGUCACGCUGCCAUGCAGCCAUACCCUCUGUAAUUCCUGCUUCCAGCUGACAGUGGAAAAGGCCAGUCUUUCUUGCCCAUUUUGUCGGCGUCGAGUCUCUUCUUGGGCACGGUACAAUGCCCGCAGAAAUACUCUUGUCAACUGGGAGCUCUGGGAGAAGAUUCAGAAGAAUUACCCGGAGGAGUGCGAGAGGAGGAUUAAUGGACAGGAUUUGGACGAGGAAAUCUGUGUCCCCAAGCCACAGCACCAGCUGAGCAAGCCUGGAGAGCUGAGGCAGGAAUAUGAAGCAGAGAUUAGCAAGGUGGAGGCAGAAAGGCGAGCGCACGAACAGGAGGAGAACAAGGCGAGCGAGGAAUUCAUCCAGCGGCUGCUGGCAGAGGAGGAGGAGGAGCACAGGUUGGCAGAACAGAGGCGGAGGGAGAUGGAGGAACAGCUGAAGCAAGAUGAAGAGCUGGCCUGGCAGCUCAGUAACAGUUUGAACGAGGAUGCCGAGGGACAUGUGCUCAGCAGCCCGUCACCGGCACACAGCCUCUCGCCUCAGACGUCCCCAGCACAGUUGUGCAAGGCAAAGAACAGACCAAGCAACACUGGAGACAUUCAGAAGUACCUGUCUCCGAAGAAUCAUGGUAUGUUGGGAUCAGCAUCAUUCUCUAGUACCCCAGGAAGAGGCAGGAGCAGCUCUGGCUCAGUGGAGACCAAGAGCAGUGAAGGCAGCUGUUCUGGACUGCACGAUGAGCAAGAGGAAAUGCCAACCCUGUCUCCACAGCUGACCAGUGUAAAUAAAGAUUCUAGUGCUAAGGAUUUGUUUUUGGAAUCAUGCAUGAACUAUUUUAGUGCCUCAGCUUCAGGUGAAACCACUACUGUGAAGCAGGAAAAAUCACCAGGACCAAAUUGUUUAGGAGGUGGAGUUCCAGGUGCACUUCAUGGAGCCACAGAAGGGGAAGGGUCUAGAACAGCUCUUUGUAGAUCCAAAGGAGAAGAUGAUGAAAUGGAGACAAACAAUGGCAGUUUAACACGUGUAGAAAGCAUAAACCUUGAAAACUCUCCUCAAACUUGUACCUCUGUUCAGACAGGGACAAAUUCCAUUAUAUCUGACAGCCAGAGUGCAGGAUGUGAUCUGGGGAAGGUGGCUGCGCACUCGGAUGAAAAGGAACAAGAGGGGCUGCAGAACAUUAAGGAGACUCCCAAAAGGAAGCUCCUGGAGGCCCCAGCUGAUGCUGUGACUGACUCAGAGGCGCUUGACAAGAGGAGAAGAACCUGUUCAGAAAGUUUGGAAGACCAAGGGGUGCAGAUUAAUGAUUUCAACUUGCAAACACAAAGAGCCUUUGAGCAGGAGUUCUAUGAAAGGCGUAGGCAGGAGGAACAGGACAGGCUUCUGGCUCUGCAGCUGCAAAAGGAGCUGGACAAGGAGGAAAGGACACUCAACCGGCAGAAGGGCUCUCCAGACGAGUAUCUGCUUCGCACCAAACCAGCUCAGUCUCUGAGAGACUCUGCUACCAAAAAGGGAAGUCCCAAGGUGGCCAAAGACUCAAAGGGAUCAAAAAAACAGGCUGAAACCAAUCACUACAAGGCUCGGAAAGGUUCCUGCAACGAAAACUGGCAAUCCCCUGCCAAAGUCCGGGUGAAAUCCCCCAGCAUCAAGGAGGGAAAGGUUUUGAAUUGCGUGGUCAAUACCAGUGACAAGAAUGAUAUUUGCUCACUGCCUAAGAACAAGCAGAAGACGAUCCUGCAGAUGUUUAAAAGCCCUGUUGCAGAGUAGAUCAGCAGGACACGUGGUGAACUGAGAAUGGGAACUGUGGGGAUGUUCUCCCGUGUUAGGCAAAGCUUCCUCAAACAGUUCCGAGUUGUUGGUUUGGAGGAGGACCGCUUUGGGCAGUGGUGGUGUGAGUUCUGAGUUAGCAGUGUACGCCCCCAGACUUGAACAUUUCUUAAUAGUUCUUUUCCUGAAUGUUAUUUUCUAGUGCUUGCAGCACUUCUUGCAGGACUCAGUGUUUCUUGCUUUCUAGUGCUUGGUUUUACAUGGUUUGGAAGGUGAAUACCAGUUCAGGUAUACAAGGAUGACUUAAAAUGAGAAUCUGGAGCCUUUUACGGAAAGAAUGCAUGUUCUGUGGAGGAAGCAAGCAGAGAACCAGGCUGUAUUCCCAGCUGGCUGCCAGGUGCAAGGUUCAACCCUCAGCACAACCACUGCUCUGUCACUUGAAGCGUGUCACUGAAAUUUUGGCUGUUUCUGGAAUUGCAGCCCAGAAUUAUUCUGGAAUUAACACAAGUGUAACCGGACAGCCACUCUUUCCCUCUCAUGUGCUAACCCCUCCCUUGGACAAAGGAGGGAAGAAACAGGUCAUUCUUCCACUGCCAAAGCCAAGGAUCUUUCACGGAUGCCAAGGCUAUGGGCUCGUAUUCACCUCUGUUCAGAGAGGUCCCUCCUGCAGAUCCCGUUUUCCUUGUUAAGAACAACAUACUUUUGUUUUCUUAUUGCUAAUGUUCUGCAACUUUAUUCUUCUAUAAUACUGUUACCUGUAUUUGGUGCUGUUUAAUUUUCAUACUCAAACUGGUUUGAGUCUGAUUAAAACCACGUAAUAUUAAAAAAGUACCCCAGUCCAGAAGCCAGUUAUCAUGAAAACUGGAGUUGUCAGUAAUGAUGUAACUGUAAUUAAAAGAUUCACAUAACUGCCCUGCCUGGCUGUAACUGUUCCCCUCCAUUAUUUGAGGCACUACCAAUACUGUUCUAGUUGGGUUUAAAACUAAAAUAACUUAAAAUAAAUUGUAAUUUAGACCGGGGGUGCUGAGGCCUGUAGGAGGUUGAGGCUGGUGAAGAGUUGACGAGGUCCUACUCCAUAGAGGAAGUUUUCUUUCCAAUUGUUUUAUCUGUUGUUUUAUGAAGCCAUAUUUUGGCUUUGCUUUGCUUCUUUGGAGGUACUUUUGCACUGUUCAUGUUUGAAGUGGAGCCAAGCACCAUCUGUAAGUGCUGAAGGGUGUUAGUCACCAAAGUCAGCAAUUGUUUGAGAUUUGUCUGUUUUUUUUGAACCCCAGUGAUGACUUUAAUUCUGUUUUGGGAAAUUUGUAACAAAAACCUUCAAAUUAGUAUCUUCUGAUGGUUUAGUUUUCAAAAAACCCCCAAAUUUUAUGGAAAGCAUGACCGGCACACUGAGCCAAAAAUCUGAUUUGUUGUGUUUUUUGUUUUCCUCUGCCUGUAUGUCUCUAUCAAUGGUGGGCUUCUCAUAAAUAAAUGAUCUGUUCUGAGAUGUUUUUGGGGAAAGUUACAA